AUGACUCUGCUCCACCUCACUGCCGGGGCCGCUUCGCAGGUGUCCGUCCCUCUGUGCAGUGUGCACCCCAUCAUCACCCCUCCUCCUUCCCCCUCCCCUCCCAUUCUCAGACCGACCCCAAAUCCCAAGGCCUCCUCAAACCUUGGAAUCAGCCUAUUCGUGCCUCCUUUGUACCAAGUCCUCGACCGCCUCCUCGUGUGCGUGCUGAGAGCAAAGUACAGACUAUCCUGUCGGUCUCGUGACUUGAACCUCUUUCUCUCUCUCCCGUCCCUCCUCGACACCUCGACGUCUGCCAGCUUUGCCUUUCCUCACCUCGCUCAAGCCACGAGGUGCUUCAACCUAUCGCCUCCUGUUACCUGUAUACACCGACUACACAUAGCUAGCUUCCUAGCUCUGCCCGGUAGUCGUUGUUCUCGCCCUGCACUGUUGGCACCGGGGAAAUUCCACCCCUUGGAGCAUCAAGCCCCUCUACGCCACCUUUGCACCUCUUUGCUCCAUCGGCAAGCGCCCUAUCAACAAAUCCUCGCCUCCCACCCCUUUUUUUUUUCUGCUGGUGAGCAUACGGAUAGACAAACUAGCUUCCUCGACCGCCUUUACACUACACUCACUCAACUUGCCAAGGGCACGCACUUACCAUUCAUCAAGUUCCAGUGGGUUGCGAGGACCUCCCAUCCACUCACCCGCCCACCGCAAUCUAUUCUUCUCGACUUCCGCCCCGGGGGACGACCCCAAUCCAUCCAACCACCCGCCUUGACCCUGCGCACUGCGGCUGCAACCUUCCCAUCUCCUUUAGCAGCCUCCCCGCCGUCUACCACUCUAGUCUCGCCCGCACAGCCUGCGCAACUACCAACCCCUACCCGCACACGACGUGCCCCCCCCGAGUCAAGACGAAACUUCUACACAAUGGAGGGUAAUAAUAACCGUCUCUACCUCAACAUCGGUAACCAAAACGAUCGUCUGGGUCCCGGCGGCGACCGACAGUAUCCCACCACGCCUUCUACCUUUCCUCAGCCCGUCUUCCCUCACCAAGGCCAACAGCAGCAGCAGCACCACCAACAAGCCGGCGGUAUGCAGCAUCAACAGCAGCAACACCCGGGGCAGCAGCAGCAACAGCAGUAUGCGACCGGUUAUGCUCAACAGGGCUACUUCCACCCGAGCCAGCAGCAGGGCCAAUAUCCUCCCCAGGGCCACGGCGACUACAACGCGGGCUAUCAGCCUCGAUCCAACACCCCGGGAACCAAUGAUCCCAAUGUCGGUCUCGCCCACCAAUUCUCUCACCAGAACCUAGGCGGCGCUGCUCGGGCGUCGCCCUACGGUUCCCGCGGGCCCUCGCCCGCUCAAAGACCUCGCACUGCCGGUGCCUCGGGACAGACGCCUCAGGGUUACGGACACUAUGCGACGCCGCCGAUGCCGAACCAGCAGGCAGCUCCCGUCGAGGUCUUUGCUCCUGCUCCUGAGCGACUCUACGAGAAGUACGGCCCGAACGCCAACAACAACCAGAAGAAGUGUACCCAAUUGGCAUCCGAUUUCUUCAAGGACAGCGUCAAGCGUGCUAGAGAACGCAACCAGAGACAAUCCGAGAUGGAGGUGAAGCUUUCCGAGCCUGGCCAGAGCCAGCAAAGGCGCGAGCAGAUUUGGUCCACGGCCGGUCGCAAGGAGGGUCAAUACCUGCGAUUCCUACGAACCAAGGACAAGCCCGAGAACUACAACACCAUCAAGAUCAUCGGCAAGGGUGCUUUCGGAGAAGUCAAGCUGGUCCAGAAGAAGAAUGAUGGCAAGGUGUACGCCAUGAAGUCUCUGAUAAAGACGGAGAUGUUCAAGAAGGACCAACUUGCCCACGUCCGUUCUGAGAGAGAUAUCUUGGCCGAGUCGGACAGUCCCUGGGUCGUCAAGCUCUUUACGACUUUCCAGGACUCUUACUUCCUGUACAUGUUGAUGGAGUUCUUGCCCGGAGGUGACUUGAUGACCAUGCUGAUCAAGUACGAAAUCUUCUCUGAAGACAUUACGCGCUUCUACAUUGCCGAGAUCGUGCUUGCGAUUGAGGCAGUCCACAAGCUGGGCUUCAUUCAUCGUGAUAUCAAACCCGAUAAUAUUCUACUGGACCGUGGAGGUCACGUCAAGCUUACCGAUUUCGGACUCUCGACCGGUUUCAACCGCUUGCACGACAACAACUACUACCAACAGCUGCUGCAGGGCCGAUCUAACAAACCGCGCGACCGUAACUCUGUUGCCAUUGACCAAAUCAACCUUACCGUCAGCAACAGAUCCCAGAUCAACGACUGGCGUCGGUCGAGAAGACUGAUGGCCUAUUCCACCGUCGGAACGCCCGAUUACAUCGCUCCCGAGAUCUUCACAGGUCACGGCUACACCUUCGACUGCGAUUGGUGGUCCCUGGGCACCAUUAUGUUUGAGUGCUUGGUUGGAUGGCCUCCUUUCUGCGCCGAGGACAGCCACGACACAUACCGCAAGAUUGUCAAUUGGAGACAAACGCUGUACUUCCCUGAUGAUAUCCAGCUUGGUGUGGAAGCCGAGAACCUGAUUAGAAGCUUGAUCUGUAACACAGAGAACCGCUUGGGUCGCUCGGGCGCCCACGAAAUCAAGCAGCACUCAUUCUUCAGAGGAGUUGAGUUCGAUAGCCUGCGUCGCAUCAGAGCUCCUUUCGAGCCUCGCUUGACUUCAGCCAUCGAUACCACGUACUUCCCGACCGAUGAGAUUGAUCAGACUGAUAACGCCACGAUUCUCAAGGCUCAGGCCGUUCAGCAAGCCCGCUCGGGUGUGCCAGCGGUGGUCGAGGAGUCUCCCGAGAUGAGCUUGCCUUUCAUUGGAUACACCUUCAAGCGCGCGACAAACGCAUUGUUUUGGUGGCCAGCUUGUUGCGACUUGUAUCCCGAUCCCGGGGUGUACCGAUAUCAUGCCGAGCAAGACGCGGAGAUUCGGAGGACCAAGAGAAUACCUAUCAGUGAUUCGCUGGCGACUCCAUUUUGCCUACUGCCAAACCAAUACACCCAGAUUCUUGUCUUACAAGAUUUGCAUUUACCGUUGUUUUUUGUUUUCAAUCACUGCAUACAGGGCGUUUACUCGCAUCAAAGACACCAAGUCGCACAAAUCAUAGUUUUCAUUAUGAGAAACAUGAUGAAGAAGACGGAUAGUAGGGGGCAGCGUGAGGAGGGGAUGUCAGGAUGUACUGGUAAUGCUGGAUCUAUCAACGAUGCAUUUGAGAACAAGACUUGGGACUUGAUGGUUCAUAAUGUUUGUGAUGGUUUUAUUGUCGGCCUCUGGUGGCUAUAG